GAAUCGCACAUAUGCACUAAUCAGUCCGAAGGAAGGUGGAGCACGUUGUCACCGCGACGAACAUUUCUGGGAAGUCAAGUCGAGACAGCCGCAUCGCAUUCACUGCAGCUACCCCCCUGGCCCUUGACCGCAUCGAAUUCACCUUAAAUAUGUCUAUCAUCAUCAGUUGUCAAACGGACCAGUUUAUAAUGAACGAGCCUCACAGAAAAAACUGGACUCUAUAGCCAACGGGAUCCCAAGGACUUGAUUCCAGUCGCUUCAAGCCUGAUAGUUUGCAUUGGUGCGGCUGCCCCCCACCCAGUUGACCCCCCCACAUUGGUGUGCGAAAGGAAGGGUUCACUCCUCUCUGGAUCUCAGUUUGUUACCGCGAGCUCUCUCACUCUCUUCUGAUCAUCUCCAGUUUACUUGAGGUCUAAUUUCCAAACGGCAUGAAAAUGAUUCCCAACGGCUAUCUGAUAUUCGAGGACGAAAGCUUUUUGGAUUCCACCGUGGCCAAGAUGAAUGCGCUCCGCAAGAGCGGCCAGUUCUGUGACGUCAGACUGCAGGUGUGCGGUCAUGAGCUGAUGGCCCACCGGGCCGUGCUGGCCUGCUGCAGCCCCUACCUAUUUGAGAUUUUCAACAGCGACGCAGAGCCACACGGCGUGGCCCACGUCAAGUUCGAGGACUUGGACCCACAAGCCGUGGAGGUUCUGCUCAACUACGCCUACACUGCCCAACUGAAGGCUGAUAAGGAACUGGUGAAGGAGGUCUACUCUGCUGCCAAACGACUCAAGAUGGAGAGAGUGAAGCAGAUCUGCGGAGACUACCUGCUCUCCAAGAUGGACGCCCAGAGUGCCAUUUCCUACCGCCACUUUGCCAGCGGAAUGGGAGAUGCCCGGCUGCUCGGCAAGAUCGACGGCUUCAUCCAGGAGAACCUGCUGGAGGUGUCUGAGCAGGAGGACUUUCUCAAGCUGCCCCGCCUGAAGUUGGAGGUGAUGCUGGAGGACAACCUGAUGUUGCCUAGCAACGGGAAGCUGUACUCCAAGGUGAUCUCCUGGGUGCAGCGCAGCCUGUGGGAGAAUGGCGAGCCGCUGGAGAGGCUGAUGGAGGAGGUGCAAACGCUGUACUACUCAGCUGACCACAAGCUCCUGGACAGAGCUCUGCUGGACGGGCAGGUCGAGGUGUUUGGGGCUGAGGAAGAUCACAUCCAGUUUGUGCAGAAGAAGGCCCCUCGCGAGACCGUGAACAGGCAGCUGAGCACCAGCUCCUCUGGCACCCUCUCUCCCGGCUCCACCAAGCAGUCCUGCAAGCACGAGUGGAAGUACAUCGCCUCAGAGAAGACCACCAACAACACCUACCUGUGUCUGGCGGUGCUGGAGGGCAUGCUGUGCGUGAUCUUCCUGCACGGGCGCAACUCUCCCCAGAGCUCUCCGUCGGCCACGCCCUGCCUGCUCAAGAGCCUGAGCUGGGAGGGCCCGCUGGAGACGGCCGAGGAGCGCCCGCUGGCCCCCAUGCACUACGCCCGCUCCGGCCUGGGCACCGCCGCUCUGGACGGACGCCUCAUUGCCGCAGGUGGUUACAACCGGGAAGAGUGUUUGCGGACUGUGGAGUGUUACGACCUGAAGAACGACCGCUGGACGUUUGUGGCUCCCAUGCGCACGCCUCGGGCUCGCUUCCAGAUGGCUGUGCUUAUGGGGCAACUUUAUGUGAUGGGCGGCUCCAACGGCCACUCGGAUGAGCUGAGCUGCGGGGAGACGUACAACCCGACCACGGACGAAUGGACUCAGGUGCCAGAGCUUCGGACCAAUCGCUGCAACGCAGGUGUCUGUUCCCUUAGCAACAAACUGUACGUUGUGGGAGGCUCAGACCCCUGUGGCCAGAAGGGCUUGAAGAACUGCGACGCCUUUGACCCGGUCACCAAAGUCUGGAAUAACUGUGCCCCCCUCAACAUCAGGAGGCAUCAGGCAGCGGUGUGCGAGUUGGACGGCUUCAUGUACGCGAUUGGAGGAGCGGAGUCUUGGAACUGCCUGAACAGCGUGGAGCGCUACAACCCUGACAACAACACCUGGACCCUCAUCGCCCCCAUGAACGUGGCCCGCCGGGGUGCUGGUGUGACCGUGUACGAAGGCAAGCUGUUUGUGGUGGGUGGUUUUGACGGUUCUCGCGCUCUGCGCUGUGUCGAGAUGUACGACCCAGCCCGCAACGAGUGGAGGCUGCUGGGAAGCAUGACGUCGGCGCGCAGCAACGCGGGCGUGGCCCUGCUCGGCAACUACAUCUUCGCCGUGGGCGGCUUCGAUGGCAACGAGUUCCUGAACACCAUGGAGCUGUACGACUUGGAUACAGACGAGUGGACCUCCUGUGCCACCGACUUCACCUCAGCCUGAGCUACUCGUGUGGGGGGGGUUGGGGAGUG